GGUUACCAAAAACUCUCUGGCCCUAUGCAAUUCAAACCGCAGCUCACAUUAGGAAUAGAUGUUUUAAUAAGAGAACAAAGACAUCACCCUACUUUAGCCUUACUGGGAAAGUACCUGAUCUUUCUAAAAUGUGGAUCUUUGGAUCUGAAUGUUUUGCUUACAAACAGGAGCAUAAGAAAUUAG